AAGUAAGACCGUUGUCAUUCGUUCAAGUUCAUUCAUAUUUCGUGAAAAUUGGGUUGUUUUUGUGUCGAUAUCGUAAUUAAACGUAAUUGAGAAAGCAAUUAAUAGGUGAAAAUAUAAUAUUAAAACCGUUUAGACUGAAGACAGAUUGAAAGAAAUAAGUAAAAUUACUUGCAAGCUCUAUUAUGCGGCGACCUUGCUUAUAAGCACGUAUGUUAUUUUACUUGGCAGAUUGAAGAAAAAGUGGAUUAUUUCUUGUUUUGAUAAACAGAUUAUUGUUCGUAAUUCUAAUGACUAUGAAUGUUUUGUGAAAGUUUACCUUGAUGGAUAACCAGAAGGGCUAAAUUCAACAGUAUUAUGUAUAAACUUGUGUGUGGAUUAGACCACCUGGAGAUCAGGCGAGUAACUCCAAACUCACCAUGACUAUGUAUCCUUCAUCUGGAAUGGUAGCGACCCCACAACAAGGGACUAGUCCAAUCACUCAAAAUGGAAGUACUACAUUACCUCGGUCACAUCAUCAAAGGACAGGUCGGCCACCUGCAGCUCCAAAAUCCUAUGACUACUUGCUAAAGGUACUUUUGGUUGGAGACUCAGAUGUAGGUAAACAAGAAAUCCUUCAGGACCUAGAGGAUGGGUCAGCUGACUCACCAUUUUGUAGUGGCAGUGCCUACAAAACGACAACAAUCCUGUUGGAUGGGAAGAGAGUAAAACUUCAGCUAUGGGAUACUUCAGGACAGGGACGAUUCUGCACCAUUAUAAGAUCCUACUCCCGCGGGGCGCAAGGCUUACUUGUUUAUCGUCCCAAAGUGCUUUUGACAGCAUUGAUCUGGCUCGAAGAAGUCCCCGGAGUUCCGAAGGUCCUCGUGGGUAAUCGUUUGCACCUCGCCUUCAAACGGCAAGUGCAGGAGCGAGACGCGGAACUGUAUGCCGCCAAGAACCACAUGGCGUUUUUUGAAGUCAGUCCCCUGUGUGACUUCAACAUCAGGGAGAGUUUCUGUGAACUGUCGCGGAUGGCGCUACAUCGAAAUGGCAUGGAGAGACUAUGGAGAAGCAAUAAAGUACUCAGUCUCCAAGAGCUAUGUUGCCGUGCAAUAGUAGCACGUACAUCGGUGUACGGGUUGGAGAGGCUCCCUUUGCCGACGGCACUGAAGUCCCACCUCAAGUCGUACGCGAUCUCCGCCGCGCCCAGCCGGCAUCGAGCGCGAGCACACAAGCACCCACAUCACACGCGACUUAACUGCACCGGUCGUAACUCCUGCAACAUCGCCUGAGACUCCCGACUGCCUGAACUGCGACACCUAUAUCACAUAUGACUUUAUAAAUGUGGCUAACUCUUCAUUCAUAUUGGCAAACACUCAAAUAAUUUUGUUACAUUACUAAAUCAAAACAUUUCCGACUCAGUAAUAUUUCGUAGUAUUCCUCAUCACUAAUCUUUCUUGUAAUGUAAAGAUUAAGUACUCUAUCCAUCUAGAUUUUUUUCUAGAUAAAUACUACAGUCGCAAGUCAUAAUCCUGCCAAUCAUUUAAUUACGAAUCUCAUGUUAAAAGAGACGUGAAGAUGUUAGGAAUCGACGCCACAUUUACGAUAAUCUGUUUUUGACUGCCAACGGUAAUCAUUAAGAAUAUAAAUAGAGAUGAUAGAACAUAGUUGCCCUAACAAUUGUCACGAAGUUUGACUACAUUAUUAUUAAAACUUCGAACAAUAUAUUGUCCAAACACUGAGUAAUCCUAACACAAAAUACAGGCUGUAACUGACAACGGAUUUGUGACUAAUUUUAGAAAACUAGGCUAAGAUAUUGUUACUUAACAGAAUACAAUGUGAAUAUUGCGUUAUUUAAUUGUAAUAUGUGAAUAUUUUGACGUGGCAUCCUAGCCCUAUGUUUGUCCAUUGUGUAAUACCUAUAUUAACUUUAUAUCGACUAACAUUAUUAGUGCCUAGUGAUAUAAUAUGACUAUUGUUAAACUGUGGUGAUAUAAUUAAAUAAGAAGUAUACAACGCGAGUGCCAUCAACACACGGCACCUUCAUACACAAAUAUCUGUGAAUGUGUCAACACUAACCUCUUUGUUAGGUCGUGGAUGGUCACGUAAUAUUAAAGACAAGCUAUUAUAUCCAAGUAAAAGUGACAUCGGUACAGUUUCAUGAAGUAUGUUACAUAAGUACAGUUUUUCUAUUUCAAUUUAUGUAAUUUAAAAUCAGUCUUGGAUAAUAUAACUUUCGAAUUGUACAAGUAUCUUAUUGUCCAUUAUUUCUAAGGUAUUAUACUUCUUAAGGUCUCAUAACGUGUAAAUAUUUGGCUAUAUUUGUAUCAACUACGAGAGAUCACUGCAUACCAAAUGUUCAUUCUAAAUUAUAUCGUAAAUAUAUUGGCUAUUUUCAGAUAUAAAUAUUAUAUUAUUUACUGUAACUUAUUAUUUAGGAUAUUAGUCAACGUUAUUGCUACAUUUCAAUUAUGAUACCGAUAUAUCAAUAGUAGAUGGUUGUGUAUGUUUAUAGCUAGCUUACUUUGCAUUUAAUUUCGUUUCUGUCACGUCCCCAGCACGUCAACAACGAAAACAGUUUCAAUCAGUACUUGUUUAGUCCAAUCCGUCCUUAGAAAUAAUUCAAUCCUUGCGGAAUAUUCAACAUGAAUUUGUUGAUACUACUGUUUACUUACUUCAAAAGUUUUGUUUUGAUGAGUUACCAAAACGCCACAUUUCAUCAGUAUUGCGAUCGAAAUCAUUAAAAUAUUAAGAUUUCGUUAUUUAUUAUACAGAAGCAUGUUUUAAUUCAUUAUAAUCAAAUUGUUUCUACAGUAUAAUGUGUACCAUACAGUAAUCAUAACUAUCAAAAAUAUAUUUUUAGAUUUAUGAAAUGAAGUGACGUGAUUAUUCUUUUGUAAAUAUACAUAUUUGUUUCUAUAAUGAGUUACUUUAUGAUUUGUCUACUUGUGAUAGCUAUAGUGGAUAAUAUAACAAUCCAAAUAAACUAAUACCGACUAAAAGUUUGGUUUAGGUUGAUUACAGUCAUAAUUUUAUUAUUGCUAUUAUUAUUCAUUACGUAAGUCUUGAAAUAAAACUAAUUUAUAAUAAAAAAA